GAAGAAGACUCAUUUGGUAAUUGUGGUUUGGUAGCUGUGAUCAGUGCAGAAGAAGAAAGGAGGAAGAACAGGACACAAAACAAUGUGAACAGUUACGUCAUUGAUCUUAAUAGCUGCCAGGUAUGAACAGGAAACGGGCUCUGAUUUCUGACACUUUCAAAGUGAAGAAGAGAAGAAAUGGCACAGAGAGGUUCGGAGUUGUCUGCCAGGGAGACGGGCCAAAAGACAUCCGAUCCACGCUGCAGUACCUCAUGACACUGUUUCCCAGAAAGCUCUUCAAUGACGCCCUGCCUCAAAUUGUGCUGAAGCAUCAACUUUACAGUAUACACCAUGACAAGACUUCAGUGGACAAGGAGGUGAAUAAAAUGCGGGAACAAGGAGAACUGCUGGUGUUCCAGCUCGGGUUUGAUACGGAGGCUUAUGGGCUGAUUUUCGCCUCAGACUUCAAGGCCAAGGUGCUGGCAGCAGAGGAGGGAAAAGUGACCGCAGCGACGGUGGAGAAGUUCUUGGAGAAAUUGUUAACCUCCUCUUGCACGGAUCUGAGCUUCAGCAAAGACAAAAUGAUCAGAGAGUUCCUCUUCACAGACGCUGAGAUAACGCAGCUGGUGAAGUCAGGGGUCCUGACUGUGAGGGACGCAGGCAGCUGGUGGCUGUCCAUUCCCAACUCAGGCAAAUUCACCAAGUACUUUAUACAAGGUCGCAAAGCUGUGCUCUCCAUGGUGAAGAAGUCCAAAUAUAGUGAAGUGUUGCAGGCAGAGCUAGAGGAGCGGCGAACAACCUCACACGUGAAAUUCCACAUGAAAUACCACGUCCACGAUAUUGUUGGUGCCGACCUGGUGGAGAGCAUACCAACAACGUCAGGGGCAUUGUUGCGAUUUGUUGAUUCCUGAGGCUUCGUAGCAACACGGACCCAGCGAGUGACUGAAGACCUGAAAGUUCACAAGAUUAACUACGCUUGUGAAACGUGUUUGUGUGAAGACUCACAGUUGAUACAUCCAAGAUUUCUUGUGUAGAUUCUGUGCAAAAUGUUAUAUAAAAACCUUGUGGGUUUAUGAAUUGUCAAUUAUGUUGACAUGACCAUGUCAAGAUUUCAUUUAUCCUGUAAUGAAUA